UCAGGUCCGUCAGUCGGGCAGUGCGGGGCUGAGCCGGAUACGCGAACUUACAGCAAGAUAGCUGACACAAUCCACACCGAAUUCAGACACCGACACCUUCCACACUCGGAAUACUGGCUUUGUCUAAAAAUAAACAUCUUUUUGGGACGGACAAGCUACAAAGAAAGAAAGUGGGAGUGAGACACAGACAUAUUUGAAGGGUUGUUGGCUUAGCCUGACCGGGGUGAGUUAGCAUGCUAAUGGAGCAGAGCCGUAGUGGAUGUCUCUCCACCCGCUCUUUUCCCUUACAUUAGUCUGACGUCGCUCAAAUGACAUUUUGUUCUGCAUUUUCUUUAGCAUCCGCAUAAAUAUUUGUCUAUCUUUGCGCAAAGUGUUGAGAAACUCCUGAGACGAAGCUUGCUUGGCAUGUUAGCUAUUUAGCAAGACUGGAUGGCUUACUGAUGAUUUCUUGAGGAGCGUUUCCAGUUUACGGACGAGAAUAACAAACAAACAAAAAAAAACACAGCUUUUUGCUUUUCAGAUUGUAUAUGUAACAUCAGACUAAUUGACCACAUUUGGUGAGAUAUUACUCUUUCUAGCGAGCUAAUAGUGGAGUUGGUAGUAUAGCUUGCUGGCUGGGGUUAGCUAACCGAACGUUAUGCCAAAUGAUAUUUUACUAAGAGACAGUUAGGACACCACAAGCAAAUUCAAGCACUUGUCACUGUGUGAUAGUUUAUUUAUUGUUAUACAACAAACAAUGGCCUCGGCUGGUAAUGCUCUCUCAUCGUUUGCGAGCAAAACCAAAACGAAGAAGAAACACUUCGUGGCUCAGAAAGUGAAGCUGUUUCGUGCCAGCGACCCUCUACUCAGUGUUCUCAUGUGGGGAAUUAACCAUUCGAUAAACGAGUUGAGCCAUGUUCAGAUCCCUAUCAUGCUGAUGCCUGAUGACUUCAAGGCCUACUCUAAGAUCAAGGUGGACAACCACCUUUUCAACAAAGAGAAUAUGCCAAGCCAUUUUAAGUUCAAGGAGUAUUGCCCUCUUGUUUUCCGUAAUUUGAGAGAGAAGUUCAACAUCGAUGACCAGGACUUCCAGAACUCUUUGACCCGCAGCGCACCCCUCGUCAGUGAAGCUCAGGGCCGCAGUGGUGCUCGCUUUCACACAUCCUACGACAAGAGGUACGUCGUCAAGACCAUCAGCAGCGAGGACGUGGCCGAGAUGCACAACAUCCUCAAGAAAUAUCACCAGUAUAUUGUGGAAUGUCAUGGUACCACACUGCUGCCACAGUUCCUCGGCAUGUACCGACUCACUGUAGAUGGAGACGAGACGUAUAUGAUAGUCACACGCAACGUGUUCAGUCACCAGUUGUCUGUGUAUAAGAAAUAUGACCUGAAGGGAUCUACUGUUUCCAGAGAGGCAAGUGACAAAGAAAAGGCUAAGGAAUUCCCCACAUACAAAGACAACGACUUCAUUAAUGAUGGACAGAAAAUAUACAUCGAUGAGGAGAGUAAGAAAACCUUCCUUGAUAAGCUUCGAAAGGAUGUGGAGUUCCUUGCCUUGCUGAAGUUGAUGGACUACAGUCUUCUGGUUGGGAUCCAUGACGUGGAGAGGGCAGAACAAGAGGAGGUAGAGAGUGAGGAUAAUGAGGGAGAUGAGGAAGGAGAGAGUGAUGGAGGGAUGGUUGGCACUCCUCCCGACAGUCCCAGUAACACUCUGGACUGCACUAAACCCCUCUCACCGGGAGACUUUGACCCCAGUAUUGACGUCUAUGCGAUCAAAAGCCAUGACAGUUCCCCCAGAAAGGAGGUCUAUUUUAUGGCUGUUAUUGACAUCCUACAGCAUUAUGAUGCUAAGAAAAAAGCAGCUCAUGCAGCCAAGACGGUGAAGCAUGGGGCUGGGGCGGAGAUUUCCACCGUGAACCCAGAGCAGUACUCAAAAAGAUUCUAUGACUUCAUCACUACCAUUCUGCCCUAGUCACAGACAGUUGAGCUGAGUCCAUGGGGAUAAAGAGGGAUGCCAGCAGAGCAGUGUAGAACACUCACUGACCUGCUCUGCCAUGGGGGGCACCCUUACAGCAGCUACAACCACCAUUUGUUUACAUUUUUAUUUUCAUUUGUUGGUUCUUUGUUUUUGUGGGACCAUGAGAAUGAUGGAAAAUGACAACAAUUAUAACCUUUUUGGGGGGGAAUAGGGCUUUUUACUGCUUUCUAAUGCAUGUCCCUUAUUCUUGUUUGUUCCAUUUGUUAUUUUCCCUGCCUUUUAAAGUAGAGGAGGAGAUGGAGAGAUAAAGAGAGCUCAUUUGAUGCUCAGUUAGUGGAAAAAGUAGGCCACAUAUGUAGAGGCAGGGAAUGGACAGCUUGAUGAGAAAUGUAAUGCUGUCUUUCACAGACUCAUUUAUCACACGCCUGGUCAUCAAAUCCCCACCCAAACUCACACGACCCACUCUGCUUCUUGUCCACUAACAUCAACAGCUUCUUUUAAUCACCGCAGAGACUCUGAGGCACCUGAAGCACUUGACACCACGGCAACCUGCUCACUAUAACUCUUCUUACUCGCACAGUCCUCUUUCUGCUCUGGACAGAGACUAACAAGAAAUGCUCUUUGAGCCAUAUACAAAAGGAGGACCCAUUGCCCUCAAUUGCCUUUAGUGGACAAACAGUCUAAUCAGACUGUUUUGCAUGUUCCUUCGGUGUUCUGAGGCAAAUGCGCGGAGUUACUUGGAAACAAAGGUUCUUGUAGUUUUAUUUCUUACGAUUUGCAGUGACUUGUCAGAAGGGAGAAUGAAGACACUGAAGCAGCAGGAUCAGUGGUUUCUCUUUAGUCAUCAGUGUAUUCUGUUACAUUAGUGAUUCAGUUGCCAUCAGCACCUUAAACUGUUGCACUUUUUAUUAGGAUCACUCAGUCUGUUACAAGCUGCAACGAUAGCACUAUGAGGCACUGUUUUAAUGCAGCCUUGCAAUUUAAUGUGUUCUCACUCAUAUGCUUGUUUUCAGCAUUCAAAAAAUAGUUUACCUCUUGCAUCGUACCAGGACACACCCUUUUGUGUUGUGUUUCAGUAUUCCAUGGAGGUUUGGGGAAGGGGUGCUUUAUGUACUUUUUCUUCUUCUCCUUUAGAAAACAUUGGUUUUCUUUGAAAUAGUGUUUAUGUCUCAUAAGUAUUGUUCUAAACGUUUGAACACUCAAAUGAACAGCAAAACGUUGUAUAUUUUACACGAUGAACGGAACCAAAAUGUUGCUCACAUAAUUCUGUUGGUUCAGCUGUGGUAUUUACCAGGGAAACAUAAUACCUGUAAAAGAGAAGAAUACUUUUGUACAUGGCAUUGGUUUAGAAACAAGUAAUAUGAAUUAGAGAUUAACGUUGUUUCUUAACUUUUCAAAUUCUAAGGUAAAAGCCUCUUCAUAUUUGGUAUGUUAGACUUUUUGAUCACUUGCACAUAUUUUUACAUUGAAUAUUAUUCUAAACAUUUAAAUGUCAGAAUUUUAAAGCACCACUCCCUGAUUCAGUGAAAGCUGUUCAGAUAAAUGAAGAAUGUUACUGUUUUAAAUUGUACAACACAAAAGUACUGUCUUAAAAAAGGAAAAAAGAGAAAAAGAUGCAUGUUGCAUUAUUUUAUGUGUUCAGUCUGAUUUAGUCAAAGAGUGUAUAUACCUUGCUUGGUCAUAUUAUUUCUAUUUAAUUUUUUCCCCUGCCCUAACACCCUCAUACCCACAGUUUAUUUUUCAGAUGGUCCCAUACCUGCUUUAUACUGUGUUUUCAAUGUAUUCACUGUGCAAGAGCCGUGCCUUUUACUCCAAUUAAUUUUAUUCUGUUUUGCUUUUUUUUUUUUUUUAAACAGAAGUACAUUUUUAUUUUCUAUUUGGGUGGAUGUUGGGGACAAAUAU